AUGGACAUCGAAGCAUAUUUUGAAAGAAUUGGUUAUAAGAACUCUAGGAACAAAUUGGACCUGGAAACAUUAACUGACAUUCUUCAGCACCAGAUCUGGGCCAUUCCCUUUGAGAAUCUUAACAUCCAUUGUGGGGAACCCAUGGAAUUGGGCUUGGAGGCCGUUUUUGAUCAAAUUGUGAGGAAGAACCGGGGUGGGUGGUGUCUCCAGGUCAAUCACCUUCUGUACUGGGCUCUCACCACAAUGGGUUUUGAGACCACAAUGCUGGGAGGCUUUGUUUACAACACUCCAGCUGACAAAUACAGCAGUGCUAUGAUUCACCUGCUGCUGAAGGUGACCGUGGGUGGCAGGAACUACAUAGUUGAUGCUGGGUUUGGACGCUCUUACCAGAUAUGGCAGCCUCUGGAGUUAAUUUCUGGGAAGGAUCAGCCUCAGGUGCCUUGCAUCUUCCGCUUGACAGAAGAGGGAGGAACCUGGUACCUGGACCAAAUCAGAAGAGAGCAGUAUGUUCCAAACCAAGAAUUCCUUAAUUCUGAGCUCCUGGAAAAGAAAACGUACAGAAAGAUCUACUCCUUUACGCUUGAACCUCGAACAAUUGAAGAUUUUGAGUCUGUUAAUGAAUAUCUUCAGACGUCUCCAACAUCUGUGUUUACAAGCAAGUCAUUCUGCUCCUUGCAAACCUCAAACGGAGUUCACUGUUUAGUGGGCUUCACCCUCACCUCUAGAAAAUUCAAUUAUAAGGACAAUAUGGAUCUGGUGGAGUUUAAGACACUGAAUGAAGAAGAAAUAGAAGAAGAGCUGAAAAACGUAUUUAAUAUUUCCUUGGAGAGAAAGUUUGUGCCCAAACAUGGCGAUAGAUUUUUUACCAUUUAG